AUGGCGUUCGUUGUGCCCACCAGCUCACAAUGGGUGACCUUCCCCAUCAGUCCCAAGGCCAAGGUGGUUGUGUCCUGGUCGGAGGGCACCACCGCCCGCAGCAACACAUACUAUGUGACCAAGUGUUAUUGGGGGGAGAUGAACGGUGUGGAUGUGCUGUCUGGUGCAUCGUCCAGCCUGCCUGUGGUCUGUCGAGAUAGAGAGCUAGACAGCGUUGAAGGAGAAAGCAAGAUUUUCAUUGCGGCAGAGUUUGUGGAGCCUCAGUUUACAGGAGGACCGUUGAAGAACUUCCAUCUCCGCAGUCUACGCGGUCACCAGUCGACCGAUGGUGUGCAAAGGAAGAAACAUGGGGAUGAAUCUCUCGAGGUUGAAGAAAUUGACGAGAAUGAGGAGAAGAAAGGGAGCGAAGAGAAGGGCAAGGAUGGUGAGGGAGUGGAGGAAGAAAACGAAGAAGAGCAACGAGAAGAGGAAGAAGGCUGGAUCACGAUGCGACUCGACCAGAACUUCCAGUACGGCCAAAACCAGACCAUCGAGUGGAAUGGCAACCCCCAAUACAAAUGGCGACGCUGGAUCGUCUACCACCCGGCAAUCGUCUCUACCAUUCCGCUGCCGCGCAUGUUCCAGCACCGCUUCACUGGCGCCGUCACGUUCGACCUGGCCGAUGCAGCCAUUGAUACAAUCAGCGAAGCCGUCCCCGAUGAGCACAAAACGGCCGGCGCCGUGGCCCAGUUCUUUGCACGCCUCUUCAACCGCGCCGUCAAGCAGAAUUUCGGCCAUCUGCUGCGUUUCUUCCUACCCGAGGGGGAGGUGAGGAAGAUCGGCGGAUCUGGAGCUGACCGGCUCUUGAGGCUUCAAGCAGCGGAGCGCGAGGCAGCCAAGAAGGCCAUGUCUCAGAUGCCGGCUCAAGAGAAAGCCGCGUAUCUUGCCGCGCUGGAACAGGAGAUUGAGCUUGUUCAGAAAUCCAAAGGUUCCAAGGAAUCCAAAGAGUCCAAAAAGUCCAAGGAUUCCAAGGAUCCAGAUCGUUUGGCGUUGGAAAUCCUGGCAGACCAGACCAGUGGCCACAAUCCAGCUGUUGAGGCUGUUGGUCAAACCCAGCCAAAACAGACCCCCAUCUACGGUGCCGCCAUUGGGGCUAAUCAACCUCAUCCAGGGGUUGGUCAAACACAGCCAGACCAGACCAAAGGCCACCACGAGGCUAUUGGGGUGGUUAAUCCCACGCAGCCGGAUCCGCUCGAGAUUGAAGACGUCGAAAACCAGCCAGAAACAACAGAUUUGGCGGGUAAAAUCUCCAACCGCCGGAAACCGAUCAACCGUCGAUUAUUGAACAACUUAUCCAGUUCAUCACACGCAUUGUCUGGAAGCAAAUUGCCUCCUUAUACAGCUGGCCAGAGUAAUAAUGCUGUCCUGAGGAAUUGGGGGGGAGAGGCCCAAAAGACUCAAGUAUAG